AUAGAGAAAGGAUGUAGGGUUUAUUAGUUUUUAAGUAGAAAAUCCACGCCUGCAUCUUGGAGUCCAGUGGAGUCCGAGGAAACACGCUAGUUCCGGAUGAAUGGCGAAGGGAAAACGCGUGAACUAAAGGGAGAGCUUUUUGACAGCCAGUCACAGCCGCGAUCUUUCCUGCCAAAGGCGAAAUGAUUCCUCAUGUUAACAAGACUGAAGUCAGCCUUGAGAGGGUGGAGAACGAGAACGACAUUCAGCCCCCUUCUCCUGCCUCUACCACCAGCCAGGAAUCAAAGCUCCAGAAAUUGAAACGAUCACUUUCUUUCAAGACCAAAAGUUUGAGGAGUAAAAGUGCAGACAACUUUUUUCAACAAACAAAUUGUGGCACAAAGUUGCAAGUAGAUUUGCUAUCAGAAAUCACCUCUAAAAGGGAACAGCUCCCUAAUUUGGAAAGUCAAAACUCCACUCCAACCAAAACUCAUCUCCAACCAGACGACAAGAUUCACAUUUUUCAGGAACACAUUUUCAAAAAACCCACAUUCUGUGAUGUCUGCAACCAUAUGAUUGUUGGGACAAAUGCUAAACAUGGAUUACGCUGUAAGGCAUGCAAACUGAGCAUUCACCACAAAUGUGCAGAAAGCACAGGACAGCAACGAUGCAUGGGCAAAUUGCCCAAAGGUUUCAGCCGUUACUACAGCAGUCCCCUUCUCAUUCAGGAGCAGUUUGGAUGCAUCAAAGAAGUCAUGCCAAUUGCUUGUGGCAAUAAAGUUGACCCUGUGUAUGAAACACUUCGCUUUGGAACUUCAUUGGCCCUGAAAACCAAGAACGGCAACAUUGGAAAUAGCUCGGACUCUCCCAAAAGAAAUUCUACAUCAGAUUUGGCAGAGGUUCCUGAAGAAGGAGGCAGCCUAGGAAAUAUGUUUGUCCUAAAUAGGCAACGCAGCAAUAGUG